AGCUUUGAAAAUCUUCUCAAGAAUUUGGUAUGCUUUGUUUUGGUAUUUUUUAUUAUAGAUUAUAGAUUAGGGCUUUUGAUAACAUAAGCAUCUUGUCAUAAAUAUAAAUAAUUUAAUCAAAUCCAUAAGUCUUACAUAAAAUUGCGAUGACUUUUUGGACAGUUGGAAUAAUUACUAAUUUAGCUGAGUCUUUUAGAGAUCUUAUUAGAAAUUUAUAUUAACUUAAAAAAAUUUCAAAGUCGACAGACUCGAAAGAAAUACAUAGAAGAAUCAAUAUUAACUACUUGAAUAUCCUUAAAAAUUUAUGUGAUUUAUUAUUGGCUGGGACAGGAAGUGAAUUAUUUUUAAAGAUAUUUUUGUUCGAACCUAAUGGUGCUUUAGUUGGUUUGGGUGGAUUUAUUGCAGGAGCUAUAGCAGCAUAUCAAGCAUUUUGA